AUGCGGUUCAUACCACAUCUAACCCCUUUUGCGUUGCCCACUUUAGGGGUGACCAUCUUCGCCACCCACUUUAGAGUGACCAUCAUCGACAGUACCUACUAUUUACCUUUGGUGCAGAAAUUUGCAUCAACGAAGAAGAUGCAAGCACAACUUGUUAAUACUGCCAAACAAGUGGAAACGCAGUUAGCCAAUCAAAUGACGUCGACGUCGCUGUCCGCAUUACCUACAUCGACGCUGCCACAGCCGCCAUCAAAUAUGCCAGAAUCAAUACUGUCAACAUCUCAGCCAUCACUGCCACCACCAAAUCAGUCACAAUAUCAGCCGCCACAGAAUCUUCUACAACAGCCGCCACAACUGUCGCCUCUACAACAGCAAGUUUAUCAGCCAACGCCACAAUAUCCGCCGCCAUCACGGUCUAUAAAUUCGGAUAUGUCUGUCCACAAUUCGUAUCCACAAAGUUUUAUAUCUGUUCCACACAAGAAAAUUUAUCCUCUUCCCACAUUUUCAGGUCUUCCAGAAGAAUGGCAAACCUUUUAUGAAGCGUACGAAAGUACCACAGCCGAAUUUGGAUAUAACAGCCUCCACAACAUUAUGCGCCUCAGAGAUGCUAUCAAGGGUCGAGCCAGAGAAACCGUCGAAUCGCUGCUAGGUAAUUCUGCCAACGUCGACACCAUUAUACGAACGCUGCUUGAAACUUUUGGUCGUCCGGAACAGCUGAUUAGAAGCCAAAUUGAAAAGGUUCGUGCCAAUCCACCUUUAGCCAAUGACAACCUGGAAGCCCUGGUAAACUUCGCCAACAAAAUCUCGAACAUGGCCACAUUUGUCAAGAACGUGAAGGGAGAUCACCAUCUUUCCAACCCUUCAUUGUUGAGCGAACUGGUCGCUAAACUUUCCACAAGCCGCCAAAUGCAGUGGGCCGAAAAAUGCCUCCAAUUACAACAACCAGCCACCAUAGUUGACUUUGCAGAAUGGCUAUCAGUACUGCGUCGCCUGGCCAAUAUCGUCCAUGACACCUUGCCGUCAACUUCGACCAAUGCCGCAUCAAACCGCCGCCAUUUUGCUGCUACUGCACCGCCACCAAACCGAAAAUACGUCAACGUCACUGUCAGCCAAUGUCCAGUAUGUAAGGGUGAGUGCACUAACAUAAAACACUGUACAGAAUUUUUAAACAUGUCCAUCGACAAAAGAUGGAACACUAUAAAAGGGCUCAAGAUUUGCUUUUGUUGUUUAAAACGUGGACAUCAAGUUAAAUUUUGACACACAAAACGCCGUUGUGGCGUUAAUGAUUGCCCAAAGCCACACAACAAUUUAUUGCACAGUACACUUUCACAAUCACAACCGGAGCCAGCGACCGAGCCAACUCAUUUGUCCACGACGGCUGGGACACAAAAUAACCGCACGGUCACGUCCGAAGCACAACGACCACAAACCGAAAGACGAAAUUGCCAUGCAGCUCAUUCUCCCGAUAAUGUGCUUUUCCAGAUUUUACCCAUAACUUUGUAUGGGCAGCACAAAACAAUAAGCACUUACGCCUUCGUUGACGACGGCGCCAACGUUUCUAUGCUGGAUCUGGAAAUAGCACGAGAACUUGAACUCCGUGGAAAACCUGAGCACUUGGAGCUGCAAUGGCUUAAUACUCACCGCGUAACACAGAAAACGGAAAAAAUUCGCGUGACCAUCAGUGGAGUUGGCCAAUUUAACAGAAAAUACUUACUUUCCAAUGUUUACGUUUCAUCGGAUAUGUCAUUGCCAGUACAGAGUUGCCAUAUAGCUCAUUUUAUGAAAUCCCAAAAAAGUGACAAAAUCGCCAAUUUAAAUAUGCGGGAUUAUUCUAAUGUUCAACCAAAAAUGAUUUUAAGCUUAACCCAUUCUUUCCUAACAGUUCCCAUUGAGACGCCUACACUUUUAUCCGAAUUUGGACCCAUUGUGUCAACCACCAGAUUAGGCGCUGUUAUAUAUGGACCAAUUCCUGGUGAAGAACCAACAAAUAUAAAGAGGGCUUUGCACGUAAGGAAGUGUGUGUACCAAAAUGAUGUUUUGAAGGAGUUGAGCGAUAUGAUGCGUGGUUAUUUUGAUGUGGAGACCCUUGGAACCAAAAUACCCGUGAAACCUAUAAAAUCCAAAGAAGAUGAGAGAGCAAUGGGCAUAUUGGAAACAAACACAAAGCAAGUAAAUGGCCGAUAUGAAUGUUCGUUGUUGUGGAGAGAAGAUGUGAGACCGAUCCCUGACUCAUACAACAUGGCUUUGAAUCGUUUGUACUCUGUGGAACGUAAGAUGGCAGUGAGUAUAAAAUGGAAUAUUGCGAUAAAAUAGCAAAUUAUGUUAAAAAAGGAUAUUGCCGUAAAUUAUCGGAUGAAGAAAAAUCUAUAAUGCGCGAACGGACCUUUUAUUUGCCCCAUUUUGGUGUAAUAAAUCCAAAUAAAAAAGGAAUUUCGGCUGGUUUUUGAUGCGGCGGCCGAGGUUAUGAACUUCUCAUUAAACAAAGCCUUACUUCCUGGUCCUGACAUUAAUAACUCAUUAAUUUCAAUUCUUUUUAAAUUUAGAGAAUCCCCCAUUGCUGUAUGUGGUGACAUACAAGAGAUGUUUCACCAGAUCGCCAUUGCCAGGAAAGACCAAGAUAGCCAAAGAUUUCUGUGGAGAGAUGGCAAUCCUGAUCAGCCUGUGGACACUUAUGUUAUGGAAAGGCUUAUUUUUGGAGCCACCUGUUCACCAACCAUUGCCCAAUAUGUCAAGAAUAAAAAUGCGACAAAAUACAUCGAAAAGUCACCAAGAGCCGUCCAUGGUAUCAUCGAACGUCAUUAUGUGGAUGAUUAUGUCGAUUGCUUCGAAACUGAAGAUGAAGCCCUUAAUGUUGUUCGCGAAGUGGUAAGGAUCCAUAAAUCCGGUGGUUUCCAUCUUCGCAACAUAAUAUCCAACAGUGAACGAGUGGCAAUACUAUGUGGUAAUAAUCCUGGCAAUGGCGAGAGCAGUGGCAACUUUCUUUUUGGUGACAGCAUAGAACGGGUACUCGGUAUUCAUUGGGCACCAAAGGCAGAUGAUUUUUGUUUUCAUUUGCGUUUGGCCAAAGUGGACAAAAAUAUAUUAAAUUUUAUAAAGGUGCCAACAAAAAGGGAGAUGCUCGGCCUAAAUAUGUCCGUAUACGACCCAUACGGAUUCCUGUGCGACUUUAUGGUGACGUCAAAGGUGCUAAUGCAGAAGGUCUGGAAAUGUGGGAUUCUUUUACGGUGAUACAGUGGAUUCGGUCAGAUCACCGAAAAUACAAGCAAUAUGUGGCAAAUCGUGUGGCUGAGAUAUUGAACGGCAGCAGCAUUGAACAAUGGAGGUGGUGCCCUGGUAACGAGAACACUGCAGACGAAGGAACUCGCUCAAAACUGUUCAAGCCAUAUGAACCCGAAGGACGUUGGAAAAAUGGACCAACGUUUUUGCUGAAGGCGGAAUCGUAUUGGCCGAGUGAGGUGCACAAUCAAACGAAAAAGGAUGAAAGUGGCUCAGAACUGCGAUCCAAGCACAGAGUUCUGGUGGCUCAGAAGGUAUGUUGGUGCAUUCCAAAUAUUGAUAAUUUUUCCAAUUACAGAAGGCUGGAACGGGCUAUGGCAUGGGUGUUCCGGUAUGUGCAAAACAUGAGCCGUAAAAUCAAAGGUGAGGCGUUGUUCUUGUGUGAUCUGUCCCUGGAAGAAGAAGAGAAUGCCGUGUCUUAUCUGUGCCGUCAUGUGCAACGUCAACAAUACGAAGACGAACUUGAGGACCUGAAAAAACAACACUCAGUGAGCCAAAGCAGCCAAUUAUUGUCGCUGAAUCCCUUUGUUGGCCAAGAUGGCUUAAUUCGUGCGUCUGGGAGAAUCCAAAAUUCUGUCUUUUUGAAUCUGGAAGCCAGUCAGCCCAUAAUUUUGCCGAAAAAUCAUCGGUUCACCAGGUUAUUGGUGGAAUUCUACCACAGAAAGUUCCUGCACAUCAACACUGCCACUGCUAUGAGCGAAAUACGUCAAAAGUACUGGGUGCCAUCACUGCGUCAACUAUUAAAUAGCAUCCAGAGCCACUGUUCCGCCUGCAAACUUCGUCGAGCCAAGCCACGUCAACCCCAGAUGUGAUUAUUUUGGCCCAGUAAGUGUAAAAGGUGGGUUGCUCUUUUUACCUGCUUUACAACCCGUGCCAUCCACCUGGAGAUUGCCACAGACCUAUCCAGCGAUGCUUGCCUGAUGUGUAUCCAUAAGAAGCGACAACGGGACCAAUUUUGUUGGCAUAGCAAAGGAAUUACAAGGUAUUGAUAUGUUUUUGGAUACUAAUAGUCUCUCUUCAGGUUUGACGGCACUGGGCAUCAAAUGGAUAUUCAACACUCCGUUGAAUCCAAAUGAAGGCGGCGUAUGGGAACGGCUUGUGCAGUCCGUGAAGAAGGCAUUGUACAUCAUGUUGAAGGAGCAGGCUCCAAAGCUCGAAACGCUCCAAUCGUUUCUAAUCGAAGCAGAGAACAUCAUCAAUUCGAGACCCUUGACUCAUCUACCAGUGACUCCCGAAGACCCGGAACCAUUGACCCCGAAUCAUUUUCUGCUUGGGUGCACUAAUUCAACCCAAACUCCGGCACCAUAUGAGCCCAGAUUGAUGUGUCUUCGAAAGCAGUGGCGUGUGGUGCAGAACUUAAAGAACGGCAUGUGGCAUCAAUGGCUGCAUGAAUAUCUUCCUGAGCUGACGAGAAGGACGAAAUGGUGUUUGCCAUCACAACCGUUGGACGUGGGCUGCCUUGUUUUUAUUUGUGACCCAGAUCUUCCAAGAAGCCAAUGGAAAAGAGGGCGUGUCAUCGAGCUCCAUCGCGACAAAGAUGGUGUAGCACGUUCAGCCGAAGUGCGCACAGAUGUGUGUGUCUACCGCCGUCCUGUUUCCAAGUUGGCCAUACUAGACGUUGAAGACUCUGCUGGUGAAGGUGAAGCCUCCCCCUCUGGGUCAGUUCACGGGGGUGGGGAUGUCGUUUGAGGACAACCCUGCUCGACGGUAACCCUGUUGUUGCAAAAUGCUGGUGCAACUGACAGCAAUGAAGUACAAUGGCUGAAAUAUCCCAAGCCAAUUUGCAACAUAUCUUCAUUUUGUUUAUUGUUUUUGUUUAUUUUUAAGCCAAUUUUUUGUAUAAAUAGGCCCUUCUGGCAAAUACUUGUUCUUUUCUAUUCGUGAUACCAAAAAAAAACAUGUAAGUCGUGCUUUGCAUUUUUUGUUGUAAUUUUUAUUGAACUUGUUAAAGUUCUAAAGUGUUAAAUGUAAAUUUUAACUUGAAUCUUUAUUUAUUAAUAGUGAAUAAACAACACAUUAACGUAAUCUCACACCUUAAACACACACACACACAUCAAAUGUACAACCCUUAUAUUUAAAAUACAAAACACAUAUCAAGCAAAAUAAAUAUAUCCAGCAGUUUCAUCAUUUCAAACAUAAA